CAUGUCAGUGCCGUCAACAUUGUUGACGUUGGCUGAGCUGUCAGUGUGCAGAUAGCAGUGCAAGGAAUUUGUUGAUCCUUUUUGCCGGCUGGCGAGUAUUAUUCUAGCGCUCUGGCCAUAGAGACAAUGGCUGGUGCCUUGGCUGCUUCCACAUGGACCACAAUGAAGACGCGCAUUACUGCGUCUGUGCGCACCACAAAUCGCAUGAAUGCUUUGCUAUCGGAGUCGAUGCUGAUACGACGGCGGGCGCUGCAGCCAGCGACGGGCAUUGGGGAGAGCGAGGGAGGGGCCGUGGGUGAGGAUGGGGAGCGCAAGGAGAGGCCGAAAAAUGAUUGGAAAUUCUUUCACACCAAUUUCAAUAUGGAACGUGCGCACAAAAUCAUCGAAGAUUGCAUUGAGGAGCGUCUGCUGUGGGAUCGCUUCAGUCGCAAUUACGACUCUUGGCGCGCGCUGCAAUUGGUGGAGAGUCUGGCGGCUGAGAUACGCGAUCGGAUCAAGAAGUUAAACCACAGACGUCAUCGCAUUGUCUGUCUGCUGUCGCUGGUGGAGAAACAGAAUCAGGGCAUCUACCAGCGCAUGGUGCAUCUGAUGGACGAGAAGCGCGAUAAUUUUACACAACUUGUUUUCGAGCGACCCACGUACUUUAUGAUUGUCGUGCUCUAUUUGGUGUACCAGGAUUAGCGACAAAAAGCUUUGAAAAAGCUUUUAGUUUAGCCAAUGCACAAACCCAAAAAGUAAACACACACACAGUUUGUAAUAUUUAGUUAGUUAUUGUCUU